ACCGUGUUACGGGAAAGAAGUUAAAAAAGACUUGAAACCAACGUGUCUGUUGAUCUUAAACUCCUCAAUCUCCCAUGCAGCGUCAGUGAUAUUCUGGUCCUUCUGCAGCUUCCUGUUAACUGCGCGCACAUUAGCAGAUCUUCACCGAGGGCACAUACACCAGACAUGUAUGCGUAUCCGAGAGACAUGGAGGUGGUUGCUACUUACAGAUCAGGUUGCGUGCUUGCGGCCAAUAGCGGAGACUUCAUGACGCACGGAAACGCGCAGCUCCAAUAAAUACUUCUUUAAAUGGAGGAUCAAGCUUAGGCUACAUCCUGCAGCUUAGAUGUAAUUUACGCUUCGUAUCUUUAUAUGGUGAGGUGACGUCAACGUAUUAUUUUAUUGAGCCAUAUUAAAGGCAGUUUCAGUAAUGUUAGAGCUGUUUUACAGGCAGUAUAGUGAGCUGUAUGCAUUCAGGUGAGCAGGACAACAGAUCUCACAGGACAUGGAUAGAGGGUGGUUUAUUGGACAGGAGAGGAUCUCCUCUACUAAAUCUGAAGAGCAGAGCUCUUGCAGCAGCGUCUCAAGGCCAUGCAUGACUAUCAACCUGACUGAAAUGCUCCGAGCUGACAGACCUAAUGCAGUAAAGAAGCCGAUUCCAAUCCGGCCCCCAAGCCCCAGAGUCUCUCUACCAAGGGCACAAGAGUUACACCGCAGUCUCUCCUGCGAACCCACGCCUAAACCCAUCAUCCGUCAACGGUCACACUCUCUGCCCUCCGCCACAGAGAAGAAGAAGCAAUGCAGAGCUUUUGGUGUGCGUUUUGUUGACUCUCUGGGGGUUGAUCUGGAAGACAUCAGGCUUUUCAAAUCUGGAGAGGAUCCAUUUGUACCACAACAUGUUACCUUUAGAUUGUUGAUGGGUGCAGAGUUGGCAGAUGGAAGGCAUCUGGAGAUAUCCCUGCCAUACCUGAAGCCGGUUUUUGCCCAACAACCUGGUGACCAGCCAGGAUUCAUGCAUCGUCUCCACGAGCAGAAAGUGUGUCUGGAGAGAGUCUUGUGUUUUGAACUGGGUGUCAUCGGAAUCACCCAGGUCCUCAAUUUGGACUUUGAGAAAGAUGUCACAGCUCGCUAUUCGUUUACAGAGUGGAAGAGCUGCACAGAAACUAAAGCCUCUUGGGUGUCCACCAUCACCAAGACCUGGGAAGGAGGAGGGGGACAGCACAGUUAUGAUACGUUUCGUUUCCACCUGCCUGUUCCUCCAUUCCUGCAGCCUGGAGCAGUCUUACAGUUUGCUAUCCGGUACAAAGUCUGUGGUGCUGAAUACUGGGACAACAAUGAUGGAGAGAAUUAUAAGUUAGUUUGCCAUAACUACAAGCUCACUGUGCCAAAAGAAUGCGAGGAUAGCAUGGUGCACUUUAUUUAGUAUGCUGAGUACAGGUAGAAGAACCUAUUUAGAGCACUUUGUCAGCAAGACCUAUUGAAAAUGCAUAACUGCAUUGUAACAUGUAAUGUUCAUUUUGUUAGACAAGUGCUAACUCAUGGUUCCUUUGUUCAAGAUUAACUGUGAACUCAGACUUCGCAGAGUGAAAAAUAACAAACACUAGUGGACUUACCUGACGCCAACUUUAGUGCCACUGUUUUUCUUUUUUUAAAUUGCACUAUAUGAUUUUCCCAGCUAUUAAAAAAAAUGCACUUUAAUGUGGAAACAUCCACUGAGCAUCACGUACAUGUUCAGUGUUAUUGAAAUGAAGGCGCUUCACUGAACACUGUUUUCUUUCAGCUGGGUAUUUGACAUAGACAAUAGUUUUAUACACUGCAGGAUGUUGGUCUGCUGAACCAUUUGCUCUGUAUUCAGAGUUUAUUUUUGAGUCAAUAGUUUUUAAACCAAAUGUCCAAACCAUGCAAUAGAUACAAUUUGAAUAUCUUUUCAUGAAUCAGAAAUACCUGCUUAUUUUUUUUAACAAUAAAGCACAAUUGCACAUAA